AUGGACUACGAGGGGCUCAAGGACCAAUGGUCCGACAUCGAAGACCGCGACGGCAUCCGCCUAUCAUGGAACACCUUCCCAUCCUCGCGCAUGGAGGCCAGCCGGCUGGUCGUCCCCAUCGGCGCUCUCUACACCCCUCUGAAAGAGAAGACAGACGCGACUCCCCUGGUGCAAUACGAGCCUGUCACAUGUAAAGCGCCAUGUCGAGCAGUCCUCAACCCAUUCUGCCAGGUCGACAUGCGAGCGCGGAUAUGGAUCUGCCCGUUCUGCCUGCAGCGAAACAACCUUCCACCACAUUACAAGGACAUCAGCGAGAACCAGAUCCCACCUGAACUUCACCCGGGCAGCACAACUAUCGAGUACCGGCUAGCCAGACCUGCGCCGACUCCGCCAAUCUUCCUCUUCGUUGUGGAUACUUGUCAGGAGGAGGACUCGUUGAAGGCACUCAGGGACAGCAUUAUCAAUGCUCUCUCCUUCCUGCCGCCCCAUGCCCUUGUUGGCUUGAUCACAUUUGGCACAAUGGCACAGGUGCACGAGCUGGGCUACACCGAAUGCGCAAAGUCAUAUGUCUUCCGGGGCAAUAAGGAUUACGGCGCGAAGCAGGUUCAGGAGAUGCUGGGUUUGGCUGGAGCUGCUGGACGACCAGGCAUGCAGCCACAGCCUCAACCAGGUCGACCUGCACCGCCGCCAGUCGGAGGUGCCCAGGCACGAUUUUUGCUUCCAGUGCAGCAGUGCGAGUACCAGCUCACGAACGUGCUGGAGAGCCUCCAGAAAGAUCCAUGGCCGGUUGCGAAUGACAAGCGUGCUAUUCGCUGCACUGGAGUUGCGCUCUCUGUGGCUGUGGGUCUUCUCGAGGCCAGCUUUCAGAACUCGGGAGCUCGUGUCAUGUUGUUCACGGGUGGACCGGCCACUGAAGGACCUGGUAUGGUCGUGGGCCCUGACCUCAAGGAGCAGAUGCGCUCGCAUCAUGACAUCGAUCGGGACAACAUCAAGUACUACAAGAAGGCGCUGAAGUACUACGAUGCCCUCGCCAAGCGUACAGCACACAAUGGCCAUGUCAUUGAUAUCUUCGCUGGUUGUCUGGAUCAAGUUGGUCUUCUCGAAAUGAAGGGCCUCCCGAACAGCACUGGUGGACACAUGAUUCUUACGGACUCGUUCACUGCUUCGAUGUACAAGCAGUCUUUCUCCAAGAUCUUCGAUGCGGACGCAGACGGUAAUCUCUUGAUGGGAUUCAAUGCUUCUCUGGAAGUUCUUACCACCAAGGAGCUAAAGGUCACUGGGCUGAUCGGACAUGCUGUUUCUCUCAACAAGAAGUCGAGCUCAGUCGGUGAGACCGAAUGUGGUAUCGGCAACACUUGCAGUUGGAAGAUGUGCGGCAUUGAUCCCUCUGCCUCAUACGGUGUCUACUUCGAAAUCGCAGGCCAGGGAGGUCCUGCAGCGCCCAUGCAACAAGGCCCACAAAAGGGUCUUAUCCAAUUCCUCACAUACUACCAGCACAGCGGAGGCCAGUACCAUCUCCGGGUGACUACCGUUGGUCGAAACAUGAGUGGACCAAGUGGCGACCCAGCCAUUGCACAAUCCUUCGAUCAAGAAGCUGCUGCUGUACUGAUGAGUCGCAUUGCGGUGUUCAAGGCCGAGGUCGAUGAUGGUCCAGACGUCCUGAGAUGGGUUGAUCGUAUGCUCAUCCGCCUCUGCUCGCGAUUCGCCGAAUACAGGAAGGACGACCCAUCAAGUUUCCGCCUAGAGAAGAACUUCACCUUAUACCCACAGUUCAUGUUCCAUCUGCGAAGAUCCCAGUUCCUGCAGGUCUUCAACAACUCGCCUGACGAGACUGCUUUCUACCGACACGUACUCAACCACGAAGAUGUGUCGAACUCUCUCAUCAUGAUUCAGCCCACGCUGGAUUCAUACACUUUCGACCAGGAAGGCGCGGUUCCAGUGCUUCUUGACUCGACCUCGAUUCAACCUCAAACUAUACUCCUGCUCGAUACUUUCUUCCACAUCCUCAUCUUCCACGGCGAGACUAUGGCCGAAUGGCGGAAGGCUGGAUACCAGGAUAUGGAGGGUUACGAGAAUUUCAGGGAGCUGCUUGAUGCGCCCAAACAGGAUGCCAAGGAACUCAUCCAAGACCGCUUUCCCCUCCCACGAUUCAUCGUCUGCGACGCAGGCGGUUCCCAAGCCCGUUUCCUCCUCGCCAAGCUCAACCCAUCCACCACACACACUUCGUCGAGCUACGGCGGCGUCAGCCAGACUGCUCAAACGAUCUUCACGGACGACGUCAGUUUGCAGACUUUCAUGGAUCAUUUGAUGAAGCUUGCUGUUAGCGGAACGACGUAA